AUGAAAGGAGGUGAAUUUGUAGCAGCACAGGAUGGACACAGGGCUCGUCCAACCCACUGCAACCCAAAACAGGUGGAGGAUGUGCGAGUCGCUCAGGUGCAUAAGGCCCAGCACCAGCUGCAGGACGCUCUGCUCCGGAGCCUGUACGGCAUCGCAUCCAUUGGUCACCGCCAGAAGCCGCAGCAGACACCGCAGGCGGCCUCCAACGACUCACGAGUCAUGCCCGACGCGGCGGCCACUGGCGACGCGACGGUGGAGCGGCAGCUGGCCCCGUUGCGGAUUAGGUCCACUAGGGGGAUUACUGCUGACGGGCUCUCUAGACCCCCGGGCAGUUGUGGACGGCUGGGGCCCCCCUUUCCGCCUCCUCCGGGGGCUUCUCCGGGAGCUUCUCUCCGUGGGAGGGCCCUGCAGACCGCCGCCGCCGCCGCCGCCACCGUCAGUAGUGACGUGCUGGAUGCCGUACACUCUGUACAACAGCUGCGGCAGCGAUCUGAGGCUGCCAAGGGUACAGCGACCCGGUGGGCUGCCACUGAAGAGGAGAAGGUGGUGCUGUCCAAGCUCAUUUGGCUGCUGGCUGCCAUAGGGAGCAGCAGUGGCGGUGGCGGUGGCGGUGGCGGUGGCGGUGGCGGUGGCGGUGGCGGUGGCGGUGGCGGUGGCGGUGGCGGUGGCGGUGGCGGUGGCGGUGGCGGUGGCGCUGCAUAUGUCAAACGUGUGGCCGAUUUUGAGCCUAUACCGCUUCCCUGCAAGCGCCCAACGGCUAACCCUGGCCAGGAUGCGCCUCGGCCUACUACUACCGGGCGUAUAGGCAUUGUACGACCCGUGGUGACACCGUUGGCUUCCCCGAAUGCCCCGGCUACGGCUACCCAGGCUCAUCAGCCACAGGAGCCAGCAGCCCCGGGUGCGCCACCUCCAGAACGUACUGCCGCAACCGGAGGUACCGUCCCAGCUCAGCGAGGCAUUGCCAGCGCUGAACCUCGUCUCCGUCGACGAGUAGCUGAGUCUGGCAGCCGCACCGAUCCGAUUCCUGCGGACCCACAAGAGGAAGAACGGCGUAUUGCUGAGGACAUCAUCCAUAAGGUCAACAAGUAUGCACUACCAUUGAGUACAACGCUACGGUGCAACCCUAUUAGCAUCUACACGAAGGUGAGCCAACGGCCUCAGGCCGCUGUAUUGAUGCCUCGGCCGUCAACAUGGAAGCUGGUUGAGCGCCGUCUUGCUCAGCAUCGUUUGACCAACGAUUAUACUCUCGUGUAA